AUAUGCUUUGUGUUGGCUGUAACGAAUAAAUUUUUCGAUGGAGUUUGCGUAGAUGAGCGCAUGCUUGAUACACCGCACUAGAAAUAUAUGUUAAUCGAUAAAACUUAUACAACGAAACGAACAAACGGAAUGUUGUCGGAGUGUACACUUUAAUUUUUGCAGCUUUUAUAUUACUUAUAAAAGAAAUAUCUCAUUACGAUAAGGGUUGUAUUAGUUUUCUUUUCGUCGAUUGUAAGUGGAUUAUCGUUUUGGUGAACAAUGCAUAUUCAAUAAAUAGAAAUUACGUAAAAAUAGCAAGACAUAUUUACAUACUCUGUACAAACAACGUAAUAGAAUAAUCGUGAUAAUAGAAUACUGUGGCUAGAAGAAAUUACCAACGGAAACAAAUCUAAUUGUCCCAUAAUUAAAUCUGAGCCUUUAAACUUAUGAGAAACUUAUGGCAUAAUAAUUGCAAGAAAAUACAUGUUUCAUUAUUUGUUCCAUUUAAAAUAUGAUCCAAGCAUGAUCUAGAAGUGAUCCAUCUUAAUGUCCGUUAAUAUUAAAAUUUAAUAUUACUGUUAAGUAAAAACGUGCUAUUAGAAAAUACGUAAAACAUAAAUCUUAAAUAAAAUUGUUUACAAAAUAAUGUUUUGCACAAGCAAAAUAUAAUUUUUAUUUAUCCUAGACGUAAUACUGAUAAAUAAAUGCUGAAUAACGUAUCGCUUCUACGUAAUUAGACGAAAACAACACUUUAAUUUGUUUUAAAAGAACUAUUAACCGUGUCUUGGCAUAAUUCAUAUUGUAUUCCAUUGUAUGCGCUAAUGUUAAAAUGUAUUCAAUUUUAUCGAAAAAUGGUUAUCGACCAAUAGACUAAUUGUAAUGGUUUCUAUAUCAAGGAAAAUGAAGAGAAAUACGAUCAUAUUAUUUUAAUAUAUUUGCUAGUUUCUGUUUCAUUGGCUGAUCUUUAUUUAAUUUCACUGACACAUCGUUUUUUUAUCACAUAUAUUAUAAUCAUUUUCUUUGAAUAAAGUUUGACCUUGCUGGUAACUAUUCCAUUAAGAAGAUUUGUUUUGUUUUAUGCAUAAAAGUAAUUUUAUUCUGAGAUAGGAUUGGUCACAAAAUAAAUUAAAAGAAAUGUAAAGCGAGACAUAAAAGGUAAGAGAUGGAAUAAGUUGCCGUUCAGUUGAAUGCAGACAGGCAACGUUGAAGGACGAGUCAAGAAAUAAUAACGUUAGUGAAAAAAUGGAAGAUAAUAAAAUAGAAGAAAAGGAGAAGACGAAAGGGAAAGAGUUUCGAUCGGUUAUCGACAAGUUAUACGAUAAAAAUGAUCUUGAAAAUAAAUUUACCGAUCAAUGUUAUAACGGAAUAGAAAAGAAACUCGACGAUAUCUUUGAAAAAGAUUCGAAUCCUCUGUCAGAGUUCCAAAAAAAAUUAUUAUACUUUUUGUAUUUGCCUAUUCAUACCAAUAACGAAGUUUUGGAAAAACAGGAUUGGUUGGAUAUUGUCAAAUUUGAAAAAGGUCAACAGUUUGCUCGCGACAACCUAACUGGAAUAUUUUUAUCACAGUUAUACGGUUUGAUCUGUUUGUUGUGCCAUCAAGAUGGUUUGAAUACUUUGAUAAUGACGCAAAAAUCUCACACUCCUUACCUAGCCUUCAAAAGGUAUUUGUCAACGUCGGAAUAUAUUCGCAAUUGGUACAAGGAAAAUCCUUGGAACAAAGAUACGAAAGCUCAUAAGGGUAUUCUAAAUGUGAGAAAAAUGCAUUUCGGUGUAAGAACAAAACUCGUUGGAAUCGACGAAAAUAAAAUAAAAGAGAUCUCUGCUAUAAAGAAUCCCCACUGUCCUGUAUUUCAACCUAUAAUCGAUGAUUUUUCUACGAGGUUGCCUAAUGAUUCUUUUUCGGAUUACUGGUACGAGAAAUAUUAUCACAACGGUAUUUCAACAAAAACAUCGAAACUAAGAAGUCUUAAUCAAAUGGAUACGAGCUAUACUCUUUUCGGUUUUAUGGGCUUUGCCAUACUUUACCCUAGUUAUUUUGGAAUUGAUGAGAAUGAUGAUGAAAGUCUGGAAAACUUUUGUUACGUUUGGAGGUGUAUCGGUUAUCUCUUAGGAGUCGACGAUCAGACAAAUAUAUGUUGUGGUAGUUUGAAAGAAAUAAAAAAUCGGUGUCAAGUCUAUAUAAACGAUAUCGUCAAGCCUGCAUUACGACGAAUUAGCCCACAAUGGGAACAUAUGAUGAGAUGCAUCAUCGAAGGACAUCGCUAUUUUUUAAUGGUUCCGAGCUUUGAAACAAUAAUAUUACUAUUUUCCGAGAUGUUGGAUCUUCAAAUGCCAGCUUUUUACUCCUCCUUGACGUUUCUUCAAAGGAUGGAAUAUUAUUAUAUGAAAUAUUUCCUUCGUUUUCUGAUGAAAUUUAAAUUUAUGCGAUAUCUCGCUAACAAAAGUCUUAAUCAGGCUAUUGACAAAGCUCUUCAUUUUGAUCAUGCAAAGAUUGCUGAAUUGCAAGCAAGAUCAAUGAAUUCACCGUUGCACGUUUCCGUUGGUAACUAAUAUCGAGUAUUUUUAAUAUAUCUCUCAAAUAUUAUUACGUUUCUCUUAAAUGAAAAAGAAAGUUCGAUUUGACAGCAAUAAUAAAGAAAAUGAAGAACAAAGUAUCAAACGUUUUGGAAAUAAAUUAAUUCUGAGAAAAAG